AUUUUUUAUUUACGUACACGUUAGCGUGUACCUAGACCCAGCGUUUUUGAUUUCAUCAUGAAACAAAAGAUUGGAGUUUUGACUGUUGACAUUUAGACAUCGGUCAGUUGUCUAAUUGAAUGUAAAAAAUAUUUCGUAUUCGUAUUUUCAUUUUCGAAGUUUGUGCCGUUUGUGCAUUUCUCAAUACAAAUCGUAGUCACGUAGCCCACAAUAAUUUUGUCCUAAAAUCGAAAACAGAGUAAUUAAAUAAUAAAAUGGGAUCGUUGGAAGAUGUAACUUCAGCACAUGAAAUUUUAAUUUUACAUGGACUUGAUGAAACGGAUGAAUUCAAGAGUCUAAAGAAUAGUUUUAAGAAGUCACGAGUUUGUUCAAAGGAAGAAAUUUCCAACUUAAAGGAAGAAUCAGUUCAUUCUAUAUGUUGCAACUCCGAUGAUGAAUUAAUUAGUUCAGUCUUCAAAUUGUUGGUUCCAGGUGGGCAUGUCAUAAUUACACAAAUUUCAAACAAAGAAGAGACAAAAUUGAAUCUAAUUAUGAAAGGGUUUAUGAAUGUCAAAGACCAUGACAAUUGUUUAGUAGCAAACAAACCAAGUUUUAAGUCUCGUUCGUCAGCCCAAAUUAAACUUCCCCCAAAAUUGAACCAAGCAGUGUGGAAAUUGGAUGAUGCAGAUGAUGAAACAAUUGAUCCAGAUGAUUUGUUAGAUGAGGAUGACUUGCAAAAACCAGAUUCGGCUUCAUUGAGAGUUUGUGGAACUACUGGGAAACGAAAAGCAUGUAAAGAUUGUUCAUGUGGAUUAGCUGAUGAACUAGCCCAAGAAGUAAAUGGAAAGACGAUAAUAGACACAAAGGAUGCACCUAAAUCAUCAUGUGGUAGUUGUUACCUGGGAGAUGCCUUUCGUUGUGCUUCUUGCCCAUAUUUGGGAAUGCCAGCAUUCAAGCCAGGGGAAAAAAUUCAAUUAGUUGGAAAUCAGCUAAGUGAUGAUAUUUAAAAUGUGUAUAUUUUUAAAAAUAAAGGAUUAAAGCCUG